AUGCAAGCUGUCGUUUUUCUCGGGUUGGUCAGCUUUUGUAUCGCCCAAAAUGUUGGCCAGCAGUGUACAGUCAAACACACAAACACAAUAGGAAGAUGUUUACCCAGUAAUCAAUGUCCGUCAGCCAGAGAUGACCUACGAAACAAUGGAAUUAAUCCCACGAUAUGUUCGUAUACAUUCGACGCUGUGGUGGUCUGUUGCAGGGAUGGUUCUUCCAUUCUUAACACUUCAGGUGCGAGGCAAACCAACAGAAGACCAGUAUCGUCCAGCACAAGAACUAUAAAAACGAAGUUGCGUCUGAGUGAGAGAAAAUGCCAAGAAUACUCACGAGGCGUGACACAAAUGGUAGACUUCAUCCCCUUAGUACCAGAUCCAGACACACUGCACAUUUCAGCAGCUAAAUGUGACUAUAACAAAGUGGAUUUGAUUGUUGGAGGAGAGACUACUAGCCCUGGGGAAUUUCCGCAUAUGGCUGCACUCGGCUGGGUGAACCAGGAAGACGGCUAUGACUUCCUCUGUGGUGGAAGUCUAAUCAGCUCCCGAUUUGUGCUAACAGCUGCGCAUUGCAUCAAAGCUGCUAGAAGGCAGCCUGGCACCCCAUCGAUUGUCAGACUUGGCGAUCAGAACUUAGAUCCCAAUGUUGAAGAUAAUGCAACGCCUGUGGAUGUCCCUAUAAAAAACAUAAUCCCACAUCCGCAAUACAACUCGCCAAUCAAAUACAACGACAUAGCACUCAUGGAGUUACACACAGAUGUGGACUUCGAGGCACACAUAAGACCGGCUUGUCUAUGGACCCGAAAUGACUUUAGCGGACACGAGAAGGCCAUAGCUACUGGUUGGGGAGUUACUAAUCCAGGUUCUACCACAGCCGAAACGUCUAACGACCUCCAGAAGGUAGCCCUGAGUCUACUAGAGAACGCUCGAUGCGAUGUAUUACUGAAAAACUUAAAGAACAGAUUAUGGUGGGGUUUUGUGAACACUCAGAUGUGUGCUGGUGAACUGAGAGGGGGAAAGGAUACCUGCCAGGGUGACUCCGGCUCUCCCCUUCAAGUGGCGUCGAAGGAGAACCAAUGUGUAUUCCACAUUGUGGGAGUAACAUCGUUCGGAAGAAUGUGCGCGCAGUCAGGCAACCCCGCGAUAUAUACCAGAGUUUCUAGUUACUUGGACUGGAUUGAAAGUGUUGUGUGGCCUGAGGAGUUUUAA